AUGACCUCAACAGCAUCACUAGACUCCUGGUCUAGGAUACCUCUUAACAAACUCCCUCCUGAAUCUAGAGGGAAGCAAUAUGUUAGUGUUCAAGCAGUCGUUUCAGGAGUCUUUGAUUUAGAAAAGCCCAUACUGCUUUCACCAAACCCAGGAAACAUCUUCAUCCAGACUGACAAACCUAUCUACACACCAGAUAAUCGAGUGAAUUACAAGAUCUUCUGCACUGACCACAACAUGCAACCGAUUAGUCAAAGUGUUAUAAUCCAAAUACAGAAUCCUGAUGGCAUUAUUAUAAAUCAGAAUACAGUAAUGCCCAGCAAUGGUGUUAUCUCAAAUAACUAUCUAAUUCCUGAAUUGGUAAUUUUUGGUACCUGGAAAAUAGUGGCAAGAUUUCAAGAUAAAGUUCAGGCUGAAUAUACUGCAGGAUUUGAAGUAAGAGAGUAUGUGCUUCCAGCAUUUAACGUUGAACUGACAACAGAACAGAACUAUUUUCACUAUAAGGCUGAAAAACUCACCAUCCUCAUUACUGCUAAACAUCUGUUUGGAGAGCCUGUAGAUGGAUAUGCGGUGGUAUUGUUUGGCAUUUACAAGGAUUCCAUGAAGGCCAUACAUGGCUCCCUGCAAAAAGUACAGCUAGAUGAUGGAGUUGGAGAGGCAGUUCUGUCCAAGGAUGUUCUAACAAAAGAAAUUAGCAACACUGAUGAGCUUAUUGGUGCUUCAAUUUAUGUAAAUGUUACAGUCUUCUCAUCUGGUGGUGAUUACGUCCAGCAACAGAAAACAGGAAUUAAGAUUGAAUCAUCACCGUAUACUAUUGAAUUUGUCAGAACCCCAAGUUACUUCAAACCUGGCAUUCCUUUUAAAUUUGGGGUCUAUGUCACCAAUCCUGACAAGACGCCAGCAGCACAAAUCAAGGUUAUUUGUACAACUUGUAAAAACUCUGGUGUCAGUGGCAGCACUUCUCCAGAAGGACUGGCAUUCUUAAACAUUAACCCAGAUAUCAGUGAUAGCCAGCUAGCUAUAGGGGUCAGCACUGAUGACAAAAACUUGGAUAAGAACCAACAAGCAAAAGCACAGAUGUCUGCUUCAGCAUACACGCCUUUAUUAUCUUUAAAAAAUUUCUUGCAUAUUGAUGUUAAAACAACAGUUAUCACAGAUCAUGUGGAUGUGACUUUAAUGAUCAGGAUUGAUCCCAUAAUGAAUAAAGAUGCAGUCAAAUAUGUCACAGUUCUGGUUGUAAGCAAAGGAAAGAUUUUGCAAACAAUAAUACAGAAGAAAUCUCCUGGAACAGAGAUUAUAGCUUUAAGAAUUGAUGUGACCCGUAACAUGCUUCCUUCUUUUCGACUUGUGGGCUACUAUUACUUGCAGAUGGAAGGAAAUGUUUUUGACAUAGUCUCAGAUUCUGUUUGGGUGCAUAUGAAAAGAACUUGUAUUGGUACUCUAAACGUGAAAUCGAAGACAGAUCAAGUUAAACCCUAUAGUCCCCAACAAAUUGUAGAACUUAUUUUGUCUGGGGACAAUGGAGCGCAAGUGGAGCUUGGUAUAAUAGACAAGGCUGUCUUUGUGUUGAACAACAAAAAUAAGUUAACGCAGAAUAAGAUUUGGGAUACAGUUGAACAAAGCGAUAUUGCAUGUACUGCUGGGAGUGGAGCUAAUUUUUUGGGAGUUUUUCAUGAUGCUGGACUUGAUUUUACUGCCUCUAAUAGAGCUGAGACCCCUUCUAGAAAAGACAUUCCCUGUGAUCCAGAAAAACCUGUCCGUAGCAAGCGUGCAAUCGAGAUGUUGGAAGCAAAACAAAAAAAAGUAAAUGGGUCCCCUGAUCAUUUAAAGUCAUGCUGUGCUGCUGGGUGGCAAAAAAGCCCUAUGGGACUGUCCUGCAUCAAGAGAAAGGAACAUGUGAACAUGGAGAAGGAAUGUGUUGACUUAUUUUUUGAGUGCUGCGAACUUGCAGAAGAACUGAGACGGAAAUAUGAGGAGGACCCAGAACUAGGAAAAUCGAAUGAAGAGGAAUGUAUUGAGUGCGUAUCAGACAAUGUUAAAGUCAGGACAAAUUUUAAAGAAAGUUGGCACUGGCAGCGGAUUACUCUCAGUGAGGGUUCCUCCAAAGAUGGGAUUGCUGAGAAACUAUUACAAUUAUUUUUUCCUGAUUCCAUCACCACUUGGGUGUUGCAAGCAAUCAGCAUCCACAAAGAUAAAGGUGUUUGUGUGGCAGAUCCUUUUGAGAUGGUUGUUUUUCAGAGUUUCUUUGUUGAUCUGAGGUUGCCUUACAGUGUUGUCAAAAAUGAGCAAGUACAGAUCCGAGCUGUGAUCUACAACUAUUCAGAUAAAGACAUUCAGGUUGUAAUAACAUUCCCUUUCAAGGAAAAUGUGUGUAGUUUGGCUAACAAACACAAGAGUUAUCAGCAGACAGUGUCAGUGCCAAAAAAAAAGUCAAGGGUGGUGAAAUAUGUUAUAAUUCCGUUGAAAGAAGGAAACGUUGAAAUUGAAGUAAGAGCUGAUGUGAAGGGCGAGCUUGUUUCUGACAGAGUCAAGAAAAACCUCAAUGUAAUGCCAGAAGGAAAAGUAAAGAGGAUCAAGACAUUUAGUCAUCUUCUAAAUCCAGGAGGUAGAAGCCUGGUUAUACCUAUCACGGCACCAGCCUUAGAAAGAAUGGUGCCCGGCAGCAUUGCUGAAAACUUUAUCAGCAUUCAAGGAGACCUUCUGGGUGAGACUUUACUGGGCACCUUAGAUGAUACUUACCUUGGAAGACUGAUAUAUGUUCCUAGUGGAUGUCCAGAACAGAAUAUGGUCCAUAUUACUCCUAAUGUAAUUGUGACUCGUUACUUAGAUUCCACUAUGAAAUGGAAAGUUAUCGGAGCAGAAAAAAGAAAGAGAGCUAUUGAAAAUAUUAAAACUGGAUACAGCACACAGCUGAGUCAUCGCCUGGCAGAUCAUUCAUUUACGGGUACGACAUGGUUAACUGCCUAUGUGGUCAAAAUAUUUGCUCUGGCUAGCUCACUGAUGCACAUCGAUGAAACUAUGCUAUGUAACGCUGCUUCCUGGUUAACUACAAGACAAAAAAAUAGUGGAUGGUUUGAAGAGAGAGGAAAAGUGUACGCUCGAUCAAUGCAGGGUGGAUUCGUUGGAGCAGAAAAUGAUGCAUCACUUACAGCAUUUGUUGUCAUUGCACUCCAUGAAGUGGACAAGAAAUGUUCAAUACCAGCCAUAACCAAUGCCCUAAGAAGGGCUGAAAAAUAUCUGGAAAACCAACUGCCAAUUCUAAAACAAACUUACAGUGUUGUCAUUUCAUCAUAUGCCUUGUCUUUGGUUGGGAACCUUAAGGGAUCAGACAUAAUUGACCGUUUUGUAAGCAAAGAUGGUUCAUAUUGGCCCGUGGAUAAUGAUGAUACUUCUCUGUUUACGGUGGAGGCCACAGGAUAUGCUCUUCUACAGAAACUGAAACUGAAAAAAUAUGACCAAGCACGUCAAAUUGCAGAAUGGCUUGUGGGAAGAAGAGAAUUUGGAGGAGGUUAUUCUUCUACCCAGGCCACAGUUGUUGCAAUGGAGGCACUGGCACAAUUUGAAAUGAAUAUUCCAAAAGAUGAUACCAUUAAUUUAGACAUUCAGAUUUCAGUAGAAGGAAGAGCCUCUCCUGUUCCAUACACAAUUACAAAAGAUGAUGCAUAUGUGCAGAGAACCAGUAAGGACUGGAGUUACCUCCAUAAUAUGGUUGCAAGCAAUCUUCCCCAAAAUACUGGAUAA